UCCAAGGCGCUGGAGCCGGUUCGGCAGCGGGGGACGUUCGUGCUGUGCUCCCUGCUGCUGCUGAGCUCCUUGGCCCACGCCGCCCUGGCCGUGCUUUUCUACCAAGCCGUGGGGGCGCUGGCCCCUGCCAUCCUGGGUGUCGCCGCCUUGGCCUUCCUGCUGGCCGAGGUGCUGCCCUUUGCCAUCAGUUCCCGGUGGGGGCUGUCGCUGGCGCCGCGCGGGCUCUGGCUCACCCAGUUCUUCAUGCUGCUGACGUUCCCCGUCUCGCUGCCGCUCAGCAGGGUGCUGGAGCUGGCCUUGCGGCACGACACCAGCACGUGCCUGCUGCGAGAGAAGAUCCUGGACAUGGUCCGGAACAGUGACCCCUACAAUGAGUUUGUGCGGGAGGAGUUCAGCAAGGGUGCUCUGCGCAACAAGACUGUGGAGGACGUGCUGACCCCGCUGGAUGAGUGUUUCAUGCUGAACGCCAGCGCGGUGCUGGACUUCAACAACAUGUCCAUGAUCAUGCAGAGCGGCUAUACCCGCAUCCCUGUGUAUGAGGACGAGCGCACCAACCUGGUGGACAUGCUUUAUGUCAAGGACCUGGCCUUGGUGGACCCUGAUGACUGCACCCCUCUGAGCACCAUCAUCAAGUUUUACAACCAUCCGCUUCACUUUGUCUUCAAUGACACCAAGCUGGAUGCUGUGUUGGAGGAGUUCAAGAGAGGGAAAUCCCACAUGGCCAUCGUGCAGAAGGUGAACAAUGAAGGGGAAGGGGACCCGUUCUACGAAGUCAUGGGCUUGGUGACCCUGGAAGAUGUCAUUGAAGAGAUCAUAAAGUCGGAGAUCAUGGACGAGUCAGACGACUACAGGGAGAACAGGUUGAAGAAGAAGCCCCCUCCGCUGGGAACUUUGAUGGAUCGCCGGAAAGAAGAUUUCUCCUUGUUCAAAGUUUCUGACAAUGAGUACAAGGUGAAAAUCUCCCCUCAACUACUCCUAGCUACCCAGCGCUUCUUAUCUAGAGAGGUGGAUCUCUUCAGCCCCGGCCGAAUGUCCGAGAAGGUCCUGCUGCAUCUGCUGCAGCAUCCCAGCGUCAACCAGGAGGUGAAGUUUGAUGACUGCAAUCGCUUGGCCGCUGAGCAUUACUUGUACCAGCGCAACCAACCGGUCAAUUACUUUGUCCUCAUCCUGCAGGGCAGGGUUGAAGUUGAGAUUGGAAAGGAAGGACUGAAGUUUGAAAAUGGAGCCUUCACGUAUUACGGUGUCUCCGCGCUAACCGCUCCUUCUUCAGUCCAUCAGUCCCCAGUGUCCACUCUACGGAUGAAUCGUCGUGAUCAGCAACUUGACUGCACGGAGUCCACCAAUUAUUCGGCCUACUGUCCUGACUACACCGUCCGAGCCCUCACCGAUCUACAGUUCAUCAAGGUCACCCGUUUGCAGUAUCUCAAUGCUCUUAUGGCCUCAAGAAUACAGAACUCACCUCAAUCCCCUGAGGCUGUGGAUCUGAAAAUCAUCCCCAGUAGCCAGACAAAGCUCCUCAAUGACAAAAAUGCUGCAGCAGGGAAAAGCCGAAGCAAGUUCAAUCUCCUGGAAGAGGCAAGUCAGAGCACGGGGGUUUGACUUCCGCAAGUGGCGUUAGGGCUGCAGGCGGGGGAGCCCAGGAGGAUCCCUCCCCUAAAACCUUCAGCACUUCUCCUGGCUUCCGCCCUCGGUUCAGACGGACUUCUAGUUUGGCACCUGCGUUUCCAAAAGGAGCCUCCUAAGCCGGUGGGAGCCUGGCCAUCUCGGGGGGGCUGGCUGGACCGAACACCAGUGGCUUCCGGCGCUCCGAACCACGCACAAGACGUUUGUCAGCAGCGCUUGACUGCGGAGGGUUGGUGGACCUGGGCAAAGUGUGUUCUGGCUGAUCAGCACUAGCCUGCAAAUACAGACUCGAUUCUUUUGACAUCGGUGAUGCAGACGGACGGGCGGGGAGGCGGCGGCGGCGGCCAGGCCCUUCUGCUCAUUGCCUUGUCGGUGCCUCACUUCUCUGUGCUUCAACUUCCCCGCCGUGCUAAUCCCUCGAGGCCCCCAACACAAGCACUUCCAUUUGCCAGACUCCGUGCCAGACUUUGCAGCAACAGCCCCAACAUUCAGUUGCGCCAGUUGCCACUCUCCGCUUGGCAGCAGGCCCCGACCCCAGCUGUGGGGCCAGCGGCACAGACCUCUCCCGCCUUCCUGGGUUCGGAAUGGCCCGCCUUGCUGACCUGUGUUGCGAGCCGGGAUUCCCCGCGACUCCCCAGGCUCACCCAAGUGCCUGCAGCAGGCACAGCACCCCCCAGGCCCUGUCCCAGCCCACACAGUGCCAAAGCCCAAGACCUGGGAAUCCCACACAUCUCUUCUGCUUCCUGGCAUUGAGCUUCCCAGCUGCCCCCUUUGCCCAGAAUCAGCUGCCCUUGACCAGACCAGGGAUGUGCUCCUUCUGCCAAAGGACUCCUCCUGCAGCCAGCCAACUCUCCCUCCCAUGGCUCUCCUUGAAAAGAUGACUGUCAGAAGAGCCCUCCCCACUUUUUCUGGGGCUGCCCCUUUCGCCCUCUCAUUUUCCCUGGAUUAUCUUCCACCUUGGAUUUCCAGUCCAGGCUCUGGGGGCUCGCUGGAAACUCCGUUUUUCCCUUGGGCAAGAGAAACCCUCCACUCCAGCUUUGGCAGAGAGACUUUUCCCCCUCCGGUUGCUCCGCACAGUGUUUCCCCUCCCGGACAUGCCCAUCCUGGAAUCUUACUUUUUAAAGUAAAUUAAAAAAACGAAACAAGGGGUUUAGGGAGAAGGGAGUCGAGUUCCCUUCCUCUCCCUUGCUUAGCCUCUCCCUUUUCACAGCCAACAGCAGAACGUGUCUGAAACGUUGUGUGUUCGGUUUGGGUAAAUUAUUUGUAACCCGUCCUCCAGCUGCAUCUUCCAAUGGAAUUAUCUAUCUUUACACAUCUGUAUAUAAGUUACUGAUGACGGCAGAAGAAACCUGCGUCUUUUCUCUCUCUCCUAGUUGAGGUGAGUAUUGUAAUGAUUCAGGGGCAGGGACUAAAAAGAGUUUGGGGUUAACCGCCCCCCCCCUUUCUUAGGAAGCAUAUAAUACCGGAGAGAGGCACCAAUUUAUAAUUUUUUUCCCCAGCCACAAGGAUGCCUGUUGAUAAGGGCCUGAUUUUGGGGUGGUGGAAGGAGCACGCCAGUCCUCUUGCGGAGAUGUGCUUUUUGGCCAGUCUGCCAUUAUGGGACCCAAGCUAUGUAUGCAGGAUUAGAUACAGUUGAUUUCUGAGACGGUAAUCUGGAUGAGACGGGCGAGACACGUUCCGGAGGAAGAGAAAUCCCUGGUGCCACAGGAGAAGUUUGGCUCCAGCUGUCCAACCUGUGCAGCGGCUCUCUUACGCACGAAAGAGAAUGGCGCUCUUGUCCCUUCUCCUUUGAGGCCACAGCCGUGCGGAUGGGAACCCCUCCCUCUUCCCAUUUCUGUUCUCCCUUGGUCUGUUUGGCAGGCAGUCACACACAGGUGCAGCCUGGUCCGAUCAAGAUCUAGCUGAUGCAUUGGCACAACACACUAAGCUAGGUUAAUGCUAACCUUAGUUUUGGGUUUGUGGUUUAGCAUGUGGGGCGAACCCAGCUUGUUUUGUUGGUUUACGGAUCAUAUGGGGGGAAUUCAGAAAAUGGGUUCCAUUAGUAACCAGGUUCAGCGAGUGGAUCCUUCUGCUUUCUUAGGGAAGCAGAUUGUUCCGGGGAGUUUCUGCCACCCUCCGUCCUUGGGCAACUGGCAUCUCCCUCCUAAUUCUGCUGGCUGUCACGCUUUCAGGAGACGCGCCUGAGGGAUGAUUUCAAGGAAGACGUCCAUGGCGAACACUUGCUACAGAGCACUUGGGGAGAAGUGGCAGAACCCUGCAGGUAGAAAGCUAGCACAGCAAAGAGCAGGCUGGGCUGGAACCUCCUUCACUGAUACGCUAGUAUUUUGUUGCAGGGACUUUUGAGCCCAGAGGACCCUUGCAGCCUGCACCCAGGCUGUGGUUUUUGGUUUUUGCCCAGAAAUUGGGGCUUUAGACUUCUAUUCCGUGGGUGUGAAUAAAAGACCCCCCUUUUUACAAUAAAUGGAAG